AUGGCGAGCUCUAGGCGUAACAGGUAUUGUGCCUUCCCAGGCUGUAGCGGACAAGUGGGACAACAUUGUUCUUUACAUAGGGUCCCGACCGAAAGCAAUGUGCGAGAGCAAUGGCUCUUAUUCAUUUUCAACAACAUCCCCACUACAAACCGUGAACUAUAUCUUUGCUCUGCCCACUUCACGGAUGACUGUUUCCUAAACCUCGGUCAAUUUCGAGCUGGCUACAGUCAGAAUUUAAUGCUUAUAAGAGGGUCAGUUCCAACUUUGCGACCGAAUCAACCCCAUCAACCUGUAAGUAUCACAUUGUUCAUUUUUUACAUUUGUUUUGCGCCAUAUUCUUCUUCUGAUGACACCACCGUGACCCAAACAUUCAGCUCUACACCGGUCAAGUGUCCCCCAAAAAGACCUCGCCUAGAGUUGGAAGAGGACAUGGAAGAGUUACCAUCUGUAGACCCUGAUCCAGCAGAUAUCAUCUAUGAUCCUGCUGCCCAUUCCAUUUCAACCGCGUCGGUGUCACAAGUCUUCACACCCCCAUCUGCACAUGAGGACUCCAAGUAUAUUGUGUGUGAACAGGCCCUCUUCAGCUUGUUUGAAAACUGCCCACGGUGUGAGUGCGUUUGCAAGUUCCAAGACAACAGAAGAGGGACCUUCAUC